AAAUUAAUUGCCAUUAUUUGUUAGGACGCAUGCGCAACUCUUUCGUAAUCCGGGCACUAUGCAGGUCAAUAUGGCGCCCAUCGGUGAUCGAAGAGGAGAGACCGACCCUUUAGCCGGUCUGGAGGCUGGAGAAUCGCAAAAUUUAUGGGCAACCAUCUUGAGCGAAGUUCAGUCAAGUUCAGCUUCUAAGUUAUCCAACAUUAAAUCAGUCCUUGUAAUUGGUGACACAGAAUCUGGUAAAACCACAUUAAUUGCAAAAUUGCAAGGCAAUGAGGACCCUAAAAAAGGUGCUGGUUUGGAAUAUUACCAUAUUGAUGUCAAAGAUGAAUACAGAGAUGAUCAAACACGUCUUGGUGCCUGGAUCCUUGAUGGGGACACACAGCAUAUAAAUUUAUUGAAAUAUGCUCUCACGGAAGAAAACUUCGCUCACACCUUAGUACUGUUGGUUGUAUCAAUGGCUCAGCCAUGGAAUAUUAUGGACUCGUUACAAAAAUGGAUUACAAUACUUAGACAGCAUAUUGAAAAACUAAAGAUUCCAAAGGAUACUCGACACAAAUAUGAACAAAGUUUGGUUAGGUUUUUCCAAGAAUAUAGUGAACCAGAAGAAGGUGGAGAAACAAUCAGCCAGCCACCUUCUCGUCGGGACAUCAAUCCUCUCCAUCCUCCUCCGGCUGGUCCCUCUGAAGAAAAUGUUUUGCUUCCUCUGCCAGAGAGCACACUCAACUGUAAUUUAGGGAUCCCUAUUGUAGUACUUGUAACAAAAACUGAUACUAUUUCUGUUUUGGAGAAGGAACAUGAUUAUAAAGAAGAGCAUUUUGACUUUAUCCAGCAACAUUUGAGGAAAUUUUGUUUAAACUAUGGUGCUGCCCUAAUAUAUACAUCUGUGAAAGAGGAAAAGAACUGUGAUCUUUUGUUUAAGUAUUUGGUCCACAGGAUAUAUGGAUUUUCAUUCUCAAUGCCUGCAUAUGUGGUAGAAAAAGAUUCUGUGUUUGUUCCUGCUGGUUGGGAUACAGAAAAGAAAAUAUCUAUUCUAAAUGAAAAUCUUGCAAACAUGAAAGCUGAGGACCUGAGUGAAGAUAUUCCCAGUAAACCAGUUGUAAGAAAGCCUAUCCAGAAAGAUGCAGAAAUUGUUGCUGAAGAUGAACAAGUCUUUCUUAUGCGUCAACAAAGCCUACUUAACAGUCAACCUGCUCCAGGUUCCACACCGGAAACCCCUAUACGUUCAUCUGCAGGCGUCGCUAAGGGAUCUCCAUCUUCCCGAUCAUCACCAGGAGGCACUGGUUCUCCUACUUCAGGAUCAGCUAGAAAAGUUCCACUUGAUUCCAAAACAGCUGGCACUGAAGGGAUGUUGGCUAAUUUCUUUAACAGUCUUCUCAGCAAGAAAACAGAGGCAGGUAAUAAAUCAGUUGACAAGGCUGCCGUAACUCGUGAUGCUGCUGCCGAGCUGGACCGAUUAAAUCGAACUAAGAAAACAGUAACUGCGGAUGGUUCUCCCAGAGGUUCUAAUGAGCCAGGCACGCCGACAUAGAGGUCUUCUGUAGUCAAUAUGGCUUUGUGCGGCAGCCAACAGGAUUAUAAGUAUGCAUGGAUGAAUGAAUGCUUACCAGAGAGGACUCUGUCUAGUCAUCAGACUGUCUGUUGCAAACCAUUACAGUUGCUGGUUAUUCAUGCCCCAUCAUGUCAAUGUUAACAUGUUGAUCUUGCCACAAAUCACCUGUUAACAGCUCUAUUCUGAGAAAUCUGGCUCUCUCUCUCUCUCUCAUUUUCUUUUUUUUUUUAUAUUGCUUGACCUAUUUUUUUUUUCAGCUCUGCCAAUUCCUACAAAAGUCUCCUCCACCCAUUGUUGCCUUGCCACUCCCUUGUAGGAAAUAUGUGUGUGUUUAUGUAUGUAUACACACAUGUACAUAUGUCUGCAUAUAUAUAUAUGUAUUUGUAUAUACAUGUGUGUACACAUACACAC